AUGGCAGUAUCUUCCCCCGGCGAACACCGGCCACAAAUGCCAUCAGCACAGAGGACUCCUGCUUCUUUCAAGGCUGCAUCGGAUGGCUCUUCUCGCGAAGUGAACGCAGAAAGGUCUGUACAAAAGGCAGAGGUCGUGUGCCGAUCCUGCACUAAAGCUCUGUCGCUGUGCGCAAGGGUCUGUCCGUGGUGUGAAUGCGCACCAUCUUUUUCGCUGAGCGGCAACUUCAACUUGAAGGGCGCUCUUCGUGUGCUUCAUGAUGGCCGGCACGGUGGCGGCGAUGCCUGCAACCUGGUUCUCUUGGGCCAUAACAUGGACCGAGAUCAGCGUGUAGUUGUCAAGGCCGCUAGGCUUGAUGAGGAUCCAGAAGAGGUGGCCACGAUGAAGGAGGAGAUUCAGAUACAGCGCCAGCUGGCACAUGACAACACGGUGCCGCUGCUCUACGCUGCCGAGACUCCAUCAGAGGUUCUGCUGGUCAUGCCGUUUGCAGCUGGAGGCGAUCUCCACGCAGCCAUGGGUCCGCGGGGCAUGCUGUCCGAGUUUCAGGCCGUGAGGCUUUCUGGACAGCUUCUGGAAGGCCUUCGGUACCUUCACGAGGAUCUGUACAUAUUGCAUGGUGAUGUAAAGCCGCGCAACAUCUUUCUGGUCCCGGCAGGGUCAGGGCUUGUUGUGCAGCUUGGUGACUUUGGCCUUGCACGGGAGUGCCCGCGGAAGGCGCCCUUCCUCUGUCGAUUCACUGGACUCCAGGGCUCUCAUGGCUAUAUGGCACCGGAGAUUCUGGCUGAACAGGACUACGGCAGGCAGGUGGACAUGUUUGCCCUUGGAGUGAUCAUUUUCACGCUCAUUGCUGGAUACGAGCCGUUCUAUCCUCCCUCCAAUGUCAGAGCCCCGCUGGAGUUUGAUCCGCCAUCGUGGGAGCCGUUGAGCAAGGAGUCGGCAGCGUUCGUAACGGAUUCGCUGAGAGUAGAGGCUGAGGAGCGGUUGACGUCUAGUGCAGCUCGGAAUCAUGCCUGGCUGCAGAGAGAGGACCCCACGGAAAGUGUUUCACAGCCUGGGCACGUGCAGCUCAAGUUCCACCGAGCAGCAGAUGUCCAGCAGGCGCUCGCAGAGACUACGCGGACAUGA